UUUUUUUUUUUUUGCUUUUAAUAGAAAUGGCUGAUAAAAUAGGGAUUAAUAAUUUAGAUAGUGUAAGGUCUAAGUACAACUUUGCCGCAGGCGCUGCUAGUAGUGUCAUCUCAGGCGAGGAUGGCAUCAUCAAGGAGCAAGACCGGCUGCUUCCGAUAGCGAAUGUCGGCCGGAUCAUGAAGCAGAUCCUACCUCCCAACGCCAAGAUCUCCAAGGAAGCCAAAGAAACCAUGCAGGAGUGCGUGUCGGAGUUCAUCAGCUUCGUCACCGGGGAGGCAUCCGACAAGUGCCACAAGGAGAAGCGGAAGACGGUUAACGGGGACGACGUUUGUUGGGCACUGGCAACGCUAGGGUUUGACAACUACGCCGAGCAAUUGAAGAGGUAUUUGCAUAGGUAUAGGGAACAAGAGGGAGAAAGAGUUAGCCAAAAUAGGGCUAUCGAGAGGAGCGAUAGCUCUCUCGCAACAAGGCCCUUUUGAAAGGGACAAUACUACAAUAAAAUUAAUAUUCAAAAACUUGAAUUUUACAUUAA